CAUGACGUCCACUUUGCACCUUUAUAAAGCUCGGAUCUUGGAAGAAUACAGUCAGAGUUAAACGAAACUUGUAGAAAAUUGGUGAAAAAAAAAUAUAUAUUGCAAACGAAGAAGUGACAAAAAUCAGAUAGAUCCCAAUAUGAGUGUCAGGAGUAAAAUAUGUGUUACAUUGCUUGUCCUGGCAUUGUGGUGCUUAAUUGUAACCUGCAAUGGUGCACCGUCUAGCGCUAGAUGCAAACCUAAGCGAUACUCACAUAAAGCUGUGCAGACUGACUUCAACGGUCUGCGAUGCUGGGAUGAAGUAAAAAUAAUGUCUUGCUGGGGUUAUUGUUUGUCCUACGAAAUAUCUCAUUGGCAGUUCCCUUAUAAAGAAUCUCAUCAUCCUGUAUGUGUGCAUGGUGAGAGAAAGCACUCUUCGGUCAAGUUGCGUCAUUGUGACCCUGGAGUGGAACCUGGAACAGAAGUGUAUCAUUACGUUGAAGCAGCUAGCUGUAAAUGUCAGGUAUGCUCAUCAGAAGACACUAGUUGUGAAUGGCUUCCACCAGACUCUACUCUUAUUGACGGCUUAUUGAGAGAACAACUGGAAGAUAUUGAAUAAUGGAUUCCACCGGCGAAUACUAAAGCAGUAUUAAACUAUGAUCAUUGAAAU